GACGGUCGCUUUAAUCACGCUCAUAGGAGGAGUACCAAACAUCUAGACUUUAUUGAUAAAUGGGACAACGAUAAAUUGCCUGACGAUGAAAUCGCUGUUCCACUUAAACAUCAGCCAUCAUUUUCUGAAGAAAACGAAAAUUUCGACCUAGUUCCCGAACAGUUAAAACCAGGUGCAAACAAUAAAUGGAAAGACCUCGCACUAGAUUUCUUCAGGGACGAAU